AAAUGACUUCGUUACAAAGUUUCAUUGGGUUAGGUCAAUCCACUGUUCUCCUUGUACGAUACAACAACGUUUUACUGUGCGCUGGCUUUUAGGUGAUUGCCACUUGUUCAAGUCAACACCUUUCAUAUAGCUGUAUUGAGUUCCACUAGGAUUUGAAUGGUCAAGGACCGACUUCCCGAGCUUGAAGCUCGUAUAAAGAGUAAGAAUGAUAAGCAAACUAAAAAGAAUGAAGAUUGUGAUUUCUCUGCAAUCACCACUGAUCUUUUCAAUCAGGUGGAUGAAUUGCACAAUGAUAUUGAAAGCUUGGAACAUGAUAUUAACACAAUCGAUAGGCUACAAAAGGACAUACUAGCUAUUCCUCAACAAGAUUCAAAAUUGGACAGUCAGCUUAAAGAGGUUACCAAUUCUAUCAGGGAAAGAGCACACAAGAUUCGAAGUUCUUUAAAAGAAUUGGAACUGCAAGAAGAUGAUAAACUAUUGUCGGGAAUGUCUGGUAAAUGUCGUCUAAAGUCCUCUCAGCAUGCUGCAAUUUCUCGACAGUUUGUUCACAUUAUGAACAGGUACAGUCUAAUGCAAGUUGAAUAUCGAGACAAGUGUAAAGCUCGAAUCCGAACUAAACUCAAUGUUGCUAAAGUCACAUUUUCCGAAGAUGAAGUUGAAAAGAUGUUGGAGAAUAAUCAUCCGGGGAUUUUUACACAAGCUAUAAUGGCAGAAACAGAAGCUGCAAAGCGUUCAUUAUCAGAUAUAGAAGCUCGACAUGCAGAUAUAAUUCGGUUAGAGAAAAGCAUCCAAGAAAUGAGAGAGUUAUUCUUUAAUGUGGCGCUUCUUGUGGAUCAACAGGGGGAUUUAAUUGAUCAAGUUGAGUACAAUUUGAGUAAAGCAACUGACUGUGUUGUAAAUUCAAAGCGUACACUUUCAUCCGCUGUGAUCAGAAGUAGAAAAAAUCGUCGGUGUAAAUUAAUCUGUAUUAUAUUGGCUGUGGUUGCUAGUAUACUGAUCCUGAUUUCAUUAGCCUCAGCAAUUGGUUUAACUCGAUGAUAAAUAUAGGAUUGAUGAACAACUAAACUGCCUACACUUUUACUGUUUGCUGAAUUCUUAUAUCACAUUGUCAAUAAUGUGUAAAUCUGUAGAAAAUGAUAAAAUAAAGAGGAAGAAAUAAUAUCUUGUAAAGUAGUCAUCAAAUAUAUGGUUGGUAUACCCCUUGCACUAAGAUAGUCAUUUGUAUAAUGUGCUUCAUUUCCUCUUCUACUUCUAUCUUACUUUGAUCUUAAUACGCUGACAUUGUCUAUUACAUUUCUCUAGGGAAAAUCUUUACUUAUUCAUUGCCUUUAAUUGCCUAUGAUUUCUGCUACUAUAUAUAUACUACUUAUAUCUGGUGUGGUCAACAACACCUACUACAACGUAUUCAUUUUACACUGUCUACAUUGUAUUAUGUAAUAGGAAUUGAAUUAUUAUUGGCGCCAUAGAUCAGCUGUUCCCUUUUUUUUAAUUUAAAAUGAUUUAUAUCAAAUUAUUUUUUAAUUUAUUAUAAUAAUCCACCUUAUAUAAUCGUGUUUAAAGUUCGAAUCCCUUCAUUUUCUAUACAGUAGACUAACGCUUACAUACACAUAAAUAUAUUCCGAUUGAUUUAGGCAUUUAAUUAAUUUUUUUUGUUUUUUUACAAAAGAUUUUAUACAAAGUCUCUUCUUAGGCCCUUUUUUUUUAACGGUUGACUAUUAUUGUACGUUUCGUAUUUAUUUAUCAUAAAAACACUCCUAAUAUGUUGUUAGGAAUGGCUGGUAAACUUCAGUCUAUUGACCUCUCUCUCUCUCUCUCUUUCUGUUUAUUUAUUUUUAAAAUGUAGCGCAGUCUUGUAUUUUAUCUUUAUCUCUAAAUCUAUAAACCGGAAAAGUGAUUCAUUUUAUAGAAUAAUAUUAUUUAGUAAAAUCACUAUGAUGAUUACUCAAAGUUUAGUGGGAAUCAUUGUACUAGAUAAUCGAAGACAACUAGAUUAGUGUACAUGUUUGUUAUCUUGAGAAUGCUGCUUAUUGAAUGAACUCUAAUCUAGUAUCAGUUUAGGUGAAUUGACAUUAGUAAAUACAAGAAAUAUCUAACUAC